CCAUGGUUCCCACCAACUUCUCCAUCGAUCGACCAACGAUUAAUCAAAAUCUCAGCUCACAAAUCAGCCACACAAUUCUCACAGACCUUCCGCGACUGCAUCAAUGGCGACCAAAGUGUAUAUUGUCUUCUAUUCCAUGUAUGGACAUGUUCAGAGACUUGCGGAAGAGAUUAAGAAGGGGGCAGAAUCUGUAGAAGGUGUUGACGCCAAGUUGUGGCAGGUUCCCGAAACAUUACAUGAUGAAAUUCUUGCCAAGAUGAGUGCACCACCAAAGAGCGACGUACCAAUUAUCACCCCGGGCGAACUCCCUGAAGCCGAUGGGUUUGUUUACGGCUUUCCGACGAGAUUCGGAAUGAUGGCUGCCCAAUUCAAGGCAUUUUUGGAUGCAACUGGAGGUCUAUGGAGAACCCAACAGCUUGCAGGCAAGCCUGCUGGUAUCUUCUACAGUACCGGUUCCCAGGGAGGCGGGCAAGAGACCACCGCGUUGACUGCCAUCACCCAGCUGGUUCACCACGGAAUGAUCUUCGUCCCCAUCGGUUACACUUUCGGAGCUGGCAUGUUCGAGAUGGAGCACGUAAAAGGUGGAAGUCCUUACGGAGCUGGAACUUUCGCCGGUGAUGGGUCGAGACAACCAACAGUGCUCGAGUUGGAGCAAGCCUUCCACCAAGGAAAGUACAUUGCUACCAUCACAAAGAAGCUCAAGGGAUCGGCCUAAUCUUCCAGUUUACCAUAUAAAAAGAUACCGUUUGCAAAACCAUUUCCCAUUUUUUUACCAUUUGAAUUUCCUUUAUUUCUGUUACGAAUUGAGGCAAUAAUGAUUGGAUUGUUUGGUUAUGUGUAUUGUAUUGUACGUGUGUUUCACAAACAUACAGUUCUUUUAAAUGAUACAAGUUUGCUAUUAGUUUCUGAUUCCUC